ACUCACUUAGGGCGGGCGCGAGGUUCCGACCUGUGGGAGGCUUUGGACUAUACGACACGUUUAUUCGACCAGCUAUGCGGUAAAUUGACCACUUCUCAGCUUAUCACUAUGUACUUGCCACUGCCAGCGGUCUAAUCGUGAGAUCAAAGUUCGAACCACUGUCAUUGUCAACUCGGACCAACCGCUGGCGGCUUUGAAAAUUGAAAUGUCAAAGUGUUUAUUGUUCCCAAUAUUGCCCAGUCUGUUCCAAUUCUUCCCCCGAGCUUCUAGGCUACUAAGAGCCAACCGCACAUCCACUCAACAUUAAUCACACUCGUUUAUCCAACAGUUACCAGAGAUGCUGCCAAUAUUUAGUGUCUUCACUCUUGUCAUCCUUGGAGCGUUGACCAAUGCAUUACCCGCUAUAAGGCGGCUUAGCACGAGCUGUGACCUGUCUAGUGCAAGACUCCAGGUGCCUGCUGGUCAGGCGCAGCUCGUUGCACCGACAUACGCACCGAGCUUUAUUGGUAUUGGUGUCGGAACUCAAAACUACACUUGUAAUACCACCAGCUCCGCAUACAGACUUAUCGGGGCUGUUGCAGAAAUUUUCGACAGCUCAUGCUUAUAUGGCACUCCUGCUUUCGACAGCGCUCCAACCAUAGUUUAUGACGCAUGGUCUGCCGCGCCUCCUGACGCAACAGUCAACGAAGUCAUCACCACCCUAGCAUGCCUGCACAAUCCUGCCGUGCUUGGACAGCAUUAUUAUGUUCCAAAUCCUGUAGGGUCCGGCUUGUCUCCAAAGUGGGACUUCACCUCAUCCGGGGUGACAGCUGGAAAUCCGAAUGCGUACGUCAUUGGUGUCAAAGUUGGCGACUUGUCUAGCUCGAACUCGAACAACAUCGAUAACUUGAUGGUCAAGGCUAUCGAGGGAGAGUUGGCUAGUGAGAUUUUCAGGGUUGAGACCAACGGAGGUCAACCUCCUUCACAGUGUGCAGCAGGAGACUCAAACAUCACUGUUAAAUACACUGCCCAGUAUUGGUUCUUUUAACAGCUCUGCUGCACAAACUACCUUUGAUCAUCUAUUGUGUCGUACUGCUAUGUAUUUCCAUUUUAUGAAAUGAUACUUCCUUCAGCCGUCA